AUGCUCUGCAUGGACAAACAGAAGACAGAGUACGCGGUGGUAAAACGCCGAUGGACAGACGAGCUCACACGGGCCGAAUCUACAGCUCGGGAGUUGAAGUUCACUCGUGGCGAAAACAAUACCAAGUACACGGAGGAAGAGGGAUUGAAGCAGCUCCUUGAGGACUCGGAUGAGAAUGACAAGAUUUUCGAGGUGGUCGACAUCGUAAAAGAAGAACUCCGCAAGAUGAUCGCAAGGUUUGAAGCGGACGAAAAACCUUCUUUUUGGCCAACUUUGGGGUCGCCGAGGAAGCCAACAAAGCUUAAAGUGGCCGAAGUGCUUCACAAAUCAGCGGAAGGCGAAAUCGAUGAUCUCAAAAGCGCUGUUGAGAACCUGGAAGUAGGAUGGAAGCAGAAGCAUGGCCCAGUAUUUGCCGCGUUCAAGAAGAUCUGUAAUACCCUCGAUGACCAUAGGAGCAUUCUGAAGGUCUUUCCGUCACAGAACAAUUAUGCCUCACCUCUCGUUGGCAGCGUAACAAUUCUUAUGAAGGUCAGAGCCGCGAAAUCACAUAGCGAGAUCUCACUCAAACUCUCGACGUCAAUCGCAGAGAUAUCAGAGAAGGUUGCGACUUGUUCUAACGUGCUAACGAUAGUGAAGACGACCCGAGCCAGGAAAAGAUUGGCAGGGAUCUAUGCACGAAUGUUUGAAUUCUACCGAGCCGCUUUGGAUUGGUAUAUGCAGUCGAAGUUUGGUCGGUUGAUGCGCAGCUUCAACGAGAACCUCGUGAAAGAGUUUGAAGAUGCGAAGAAAGAUCUCGAAGUUGACGUUAACGAGCUGUACCGAGAAGUUGCAAUCGCCAACACAGCGAUUGUCGCCAUGGUCAAUGGGCGAGUCAAGAGCCUAGAAGCUGAGCUGCACCGCCAACGCCAAAAUUAUGAGACCCGGGAUAUGUUGGCUGGUCAGAGGAUGGAGAGGAUGAUGCAAGCGACUUGGACGAACGUCGAGCAACUCCAGAGCAUGAUAAUGUCCGCAACUCUCCACAAACCAGUGGAGAAUGUGCAAGAUCGCAUCGCAAGCUCUCCAGCCAGUGAUUUGAUACAAGAUCCCCAGCACAACCUCGAUGCUUUCGUCAUCGAACAUGAGCAACCGACUUUCUCCGGCAAAGCACAUCUCUGGGUUUCCGAAAAAGACGUAAUACAUAAACUUCGAGUCUGGAUGACAGACAAUACACGAUCGCGAACAUUGUGGAUAUCCAGCCCUUUCAAACCUGGGGUAGCGAUCCCGAGCUGCCGAGCUGCAGUCAUGGCGGCGAUAGCUGCGGCCUGGCAGGCCGAAACUCCGAUUAUCUCGUACUCUUGUAAUCGGCCCUCCAGGAAUCAAUUGCGUCCCGGUAUGAACAUUGAGCAGGUAGGGAUGAUCAGCCUGGUCUACAGCUUCAUCCGUCAGCUUUUGCAGUUCAGCAGAGUCGACGACGAGUUCGAUACCAGCGGCAAUGACUUUACUGCCCUUAAUGGAGAAGUCUCGUCCUGGGAUACUAGUUUGAGAUUUCUCAGGAUACUGCUGAGCAAAACACCUGUUGUCACAUUCUGUGUGAUAGAGAAUUUGAACGAUCUUGAGUGGAACAACGGUGGAGCCUGGUGUAAACAGCUACUUGGUGUAUUGAGAGAACGGCAGCAACAGGUGGGAGUUUCCUUCAAUAUCCUUUACUCGACCGCUGGACAGUCACGGGUGCUGCCUAUGUAUGUCAGCUUUAGGGAUCGGCAAAUGACGUCAAAUUGA